AUGUCACCUCUGGAAUGUUCUCAGUGUUUUGGUGACCAACUUCUGCAUAGGACCUAUACCUGGCACCUUACCUUGCACUCGAGGCCAAAUUUUACAAGGAAAAGAAAUACCAGAUAUGAGAACCUAGAAAUUCCAAUCAAUGUGGUUCUACCUCAGAGGGGCACUGCCGAGCCCUUCCUGAGGCUCCACAACCUGUACUCCACUCCUCGCUGCUCACGGCAGGUGCAGGCAGCGCUGCCCCGGCUGAGCCGCAAGGUGGUCAGCCAGCACUCCUACCCGCUCAACCGCUUCUCCUCCGUGCCUUUCGAACCCAUGGAGCGCCCCACCUCCCAGGCAGACCUGGAACUGGAUUACAACCCUCCCCGGGUGCAGCUCAGCGACGAGAUGUUCGUCUUCCAGGACGGAAGGUGGGUGAACGAGAAUUGUCGCCUGCCGUCCCCUUACUUCUCUCCUUCCUCCUCUUUCCACCACAAGCUGCACCAUAAGAGGCUGGCCAAGGAGUACCUACUGCAGGAGGAGAACAGGGCCCUGCGGGAGGAGAACAGGGCCCUGCGGGACGAGAACAGGGGCCUCCGCAAGGAGAACAAGAUCCUGCAGGUCUUCUGCGAGGAGCACAAGGCCACGCUGGGCCGCGAGGAGAGCCGCGCCUCCUCGCCCCCGCUGCACAAGGACAACAACGCGUCCCUGGAGGUGGUGAAGAAGGACAACACGGCCCUGCCGUCGCAGUGCAGCAAGGAGAACAGCACGCUGCAACUCCUGCGGGAGGAGAACCGAGCCCUGCAGCAGCUGCUGGAGCAGAGGCAGGCCUACUGGACCCAGGCCGAGGACAAGGGCGCCGCCGUGGAGGAGAGCAAACCGCUGCCCUCUCCUCACCAGGAGCUGCCGGACCAGGGCCCAGGCCUCUCCUCUCCCUUCGAGGAGCCCAAAGGACCCUCGACCCCGCAGGAUGACUCCAAGACGCUGCGCGCCUUGCGGGAGAUGGUCAGCAACCUGUCCGGGUCUUCCAGGGAGGAAGAGGGCAAGGCGGUCGCAGGCCUGGUGAGUGGGGAGCAGCCCCUGCAGCUGCUGAGAGAGAUGAGCCAGGCGCUGCAGGCCCUGCGCGAGGAGAACCGUCUCCUGCAGGACGAGAACAGGGCCCUGCACGUGCUGCGGGAGGAGCACCGCGUCUUCCAGGAGGAGAACAAGGCCCUGUGGGAGAACAAUAAGCUGAAGCUGCAGCAGAGGCUGGUCAUCGACACAGUGACCGAGGUCACAGCCCGCAUGGAGAUGCUCAUUGAGGAACUGUAUGCCUUCAUGCCCGCCAAGGGCAAGGACCUCAAGAAGCCCAGCAGGGUCUGA